AUGCUGGAUCAAACCACAGUAAGAUUUAAUGCAAUCGUGCCAAACAACCAAUAUUUUUCAAUUGGAUUUGCAAAAACAAUGACUAAUUGUGAUAUGAUUAUUUGGCAAGCAAAGUAAGAUCAAAGUACUGCAAUUGAUCUCUAUUCCCGAGGAAGAUAUACCCCUGAUAUAGAUACAAUACAAAGCUAUUUGACUUCUUUCAAAUAUAAUAGUACUCAUACUGAGUUUAUAAGCGAUAGAUAACUAAUAACAAACGAUACAAUGGAUUAAGUGAUCCCAUAUAAUACUACUUUUACUUUAUGCUUUGCCUAUGUAACUAGUACAUCUAGAUUAGUGGAACAUUCAUAUAGUGCAUGGAACAACUUUUAAAUGAAAGUCUACUAUAUUAAACCUACAGUUAAUUAAACUACAGGUGGAAACAGCAGUAAUAAUAGCUCAAACGUAACGUAUUAGCCUCCUAUUUUUGAUGAAAAUGCUGGAGGACUUAUUGAUAUCAGAGAUGAAAUUAUGGGAUAUAUGAGAGCUUUUUAUAAAAUCAAUCAUUGGAUACAUAUUGGUAGCGGUGUAAUAAUUUUAGUGUAAACAACAACUAUGAGUUUACUUGCAUUUAAGUAUUAUGACUGGAAAUUAAGAGAUAGCUUACAUUCAAUCCUAGGAUUUAUUGUAUUAAUUGCCACGUUUGUCAUUGUUUUCCUUGGAUUUUUUGCAUAAUAGCUUUUACUCUGGUAAAAAUGGAAAUACUAAAUUAUAUCUAUAAUCUUAGGAGUUUAAUCAUAUAAUAAAAGAUACGAAAGAGAUAACUAUGAUUUGGGAAUCUGGAAUAUAAUUGUAUUUUUUACUGUAUGGGCCGUAUGUGAAAUUACUUUCUAAGUUUAGAAAAGAAGAAUUGGAUAAUAUGAUAACAUUGAUAGAGUCAUAACUGUUUAAGAUUUCAAAGAAAGGAUAAGAAGAGGGCAUGAACUUGUUAUUUUAGAUGAUAUGGUCCUUGAUGUCUCACAGUAUUAGUUUAAUCAUCCAGGCGGAAGAUUUACAAUUAGUCACAAUAUUGGAACAGAUAUAUCUAGAUAUUUUUAUGGAGGAUACCAAAUGGAAAAUUAUACAGGGAAAAAAUCAACACAUAAUCAUACAGCAAUCGCUUUUACUUAAGUAAAUAAAAUGAUUAUUGGAAUACUAGAAUAGUAAGCUCCUUAGUUUGUUGCUAGUAUCAUGUCAAAAGAUGAGAUUGUUAGAAAAUAAACUUAUACUUACACUUUUGGAUUAAAUAAUGAGAUAAAGUCUGUCCAAGGGUAUUACUCUGAUUUGAAAAUGAUAGGAAGGCAUUAUUUAGUAAGUAGUUUAUUUACUCCUAAAAAGAAAAGAUAAUAUACUAUAUGCAACUGCCUAUCUCCUAAUGUUUAUGAUUAAUAUCUUAGGCUUAUAAAAGAAUUUGAAAGUCAUCAUAAGAUUAAAUCUGAUUUCAAGACACAAAUUGAUCAAUCAUUCUUUUAAAGUUAGCAAUCUAAUGAAAUUUCAUUGACAGUAAAGACCUAUUACGUGGGAGGUGUUUCUGAGGAUCUGCUAACAAGCAGUCCAAUUAAAAACUCUUAUUAAUUUAAAGGUCCUAUGGGAAAAGGACUUGAUAUUCAAUAUACAGGUAGCCACAUAGCAUUUUCUGCAGGUACCGGAAUUCUUACAUUUUUAGAUUUAGUCGCUUAUUUGAUAAGGAAAAAUUUGGGAUUACUCCCACCAGAUGAAGACUAGCAAACUGAUUCUCAUUCCUUUAAAUUAAUCCUAUUUGCUUCUUUUAGAUAAAGAGGAGAAUCUAUUGGGGAUGAGUUGUGUCGAGGACUUCUUUAAAUAUCAUAGAAAUUAAAGAUUCACAAUUUCGAAUAUUAUGUGAGAUACUCAGAAUAAAUCGAUUAUAGCGAGGAAUUCAAAACAGAUUUAAACAGUAGCGAUUUCUAGGAAGAUAAAUCUUCUACUGUAAAAGUAUUUAUGGGUUAAAAGGACACCAAAUGGAAUCGAUAGUCAAUCGAAGAGGUACUUAUUAAAAAUUUAAGUGAUAUGUCUAAGAUAUGGGUUUGUGGGACACCUAGGAUGAAUGAAGACUUUGAUAAAGCACUUGAAAUUAUAAUGAAGAAACUAGACAUCGAUAGGAGUACUUUAGAAUUAUUAUGA